AUGGCACCGGAGUAUAUAAUGCAAGGACAAUUUUCGGUGAAAUCUGAUGUCUUUAGUUUUGGCGUACUGCUUCUUGAGAUCGUAAGUGGCCAGAAAAACAGUGGCAUUCGUCUUGGGGAGAAUGUAGAAGAUCUACUGAGCUUCGUAAGUGUUACUUUCUCCAUAUAUAUUAUUUUCUUUAGAAGAGCAUAUGCUCCAGAACAUUGGUGGAACCAGCCACUUAAUAACAAAGUUUUGCAGACAUGGAGAAACUGGAGGGAGGGGACAGCUGUAAACAUCUUAGAUCCAUCAUUAAACAACAAUUCGCGAAGUGAAAUGAUGAGAUGCAUCCAUAUUGGUUUGCUUUGUGUUCAAGAAAAUUUAACUGACAGACCAACCAUGGCGACCAUCAUGCUCAUGCUCAAUAGCGAAUCUAUCAGUCUCCCCAUUCCUUCUGAACCUGCAUUUUAUGUGAACAGUACAACUAGAAGCCUUCCAGCCGCGCUCUCAUGGGGGCAUAGUUCCACGGCAACAAGAUCAACCGAAUCGACAAUCAAAUAUUCUCAGGAAUCAGAAAAUGAGGCUUCAAUCACUCAGCCGUACCCUCGCUAG